AUAAUGGCCAACAGAGAGUUCAAGCUCAGACUGGAAACAAACAGGAAGCGACAGAAAGAUUAAGUUUGGAAAACAUAAUACCAGUCUUUCAAAUGGGACAAAAUACAGCUGGAAAUAUAUAUAUUAUGUAUAACCAAGCUUAAUAAGUUGGAGUGAUAAGUAAUCUAUCUCCGGUUUUGUACACAUAUGUAGCGAGCUAGCAUUCAGGUUCCUUCCACUUCCGUGUACAGUGCGAUUUCCUCCGUCGACCUCCUCCAACUUUUCAACAGGACGCCUUAAUUAUUGGCGUCCGUCAUUAUUUUUUCCCCCACCGGUUUUAAGGAGCUUGAUUGACGGACGUCGGCCCCACCCACUUUAGCAUGGACUGUGAAGACUCCCACAAUGGGGGGUUGUCAGGAGCUCACUGUUCUGAUCUGGCCAGAAGUAUAAUCGGAGCAGAGGAUGAGUUCUUUGAGAAUGAUCUGGAACAGUCAGUGGACGAUCAGUGCAGUCAUUUUAACAGUAUCGAACUGUUGAAAAGCAAACCCACCCACCUUCUGGUCUUCCUGCAUCACGUCAUCCUUCAGUUUGACUGUGCUCCUCUGUUGUGCUACCUGCAUGCUGACCUCUUCAGGAACCUCAGUGCCAAAGAGACCAAGAAAUACUUUGUGGACUUCUAUAACAAUUUUUUGGACAAAGGAGCAAUUCUCAGAGUAUCAAUCCCACCUCAUAUAACAUAUGAGUUAGACCGCACUCGUCCAGACCUCAUCAGUGAGGACCAGCAGAAGCGAUUUGCUCAGGAAAUGCAGCACAUGCACAUCUGUGAGGUCCAGCGUCAACUUGAUGACUUCAGGCAGAAGAGGAUGAUGGGAAUGACCCCCAAUGAACAGGAGCUGGCUGAGGUAGAGAAUCACUAUCCAACAGACCGUGUUCCCAGAGAAAUGAAGGAGAAAGCGGUGGCUGAGAGACUUCUCGAGAAGCUGACUGAAACCAACCCUGCGAUUGUUGCAGAUGAAGAGAAAUGUUCUGCCAUCUUUGGUGCAGUGGCUUUCUAUAUGAAGCAUCUGGGAGUGAAGAGCAGAGCACCGGACAGCAAGAAGGGCAAAGGAUUUUUCAGGAGGAAGGUUCAAAAGAAGGAAGAAAAGUCCAAGGUCCUCAGUAUCUUGAGGAUCGGAGGCGGCGGCAGCAGCAAUGAGGUCAAAAGAUUGGACAAUGAAGGUGAGAAGGAGAGGAAUAGUGAACGCAGGAAUACUGGGAGCACCACAGGACAUCGUGGCUCCAGUUCGGAUGGAAGUGCAGUACUCCUCCCGGGUCGCAAAUCUUCUGCACUGGGGCCUUGCGUUUCUCAAGGCAUAGAAACCAGUGAGGUGCCACACAGCAACGUUGUUGCCUCCAGCCCUGAAACUUCUCUGCCAGAGACAGAUCAGACCAGCAGACGUUCGGACCACCAGUCGGUAUCGGAUGGUGGAGAUGUGUCUCCUGCGUGCUCCAAUGUUGGCAUCUCUGUCUGGGAGCCUCCGUCUUCUACUGACAACUCGAUAGAAGAGAGCCAUGAAAAGGACAGACGGAAGACAAGGAGUGUGCGCCGGAGCGAGAGUCUGUGUGUGGAUCGCUGUCACUCUCGCCGUGUUGGCUCUACUCGGGCUAAACAAUCUCGUUCCCGUAGUGACGUGGACCUUCAGUCAACUUCCACUUCCCAACCCCCUUCACCUUUCCCCCAGCCCUCCAGCUUUGUGGAUGUGCCAUUGUUGCCAGCUGAUGGCUCUGUUGUAGGGAAUACCUCUGGCCCCUUAACUCAGCAAGAGGAAGUGGAGCCCCGGCUCCUGGAAUUAGAGCAGGACCCACCCAACUGGAGGGAGCUUGCUUCCGCCGAGGUUCUGAGUAAACUCACUAAGAAAGAGACAAAGAGACAGGAAGUCAUCAACGAGUUGUAUGCGACAGAGCAUGCCCAUGUGCGCAUGCUGCGCGUACUACAGACGGUGUUUGCUCGUCCACUCGAAAGAGAAGCAAUCAUGGACUCUACCGAGCUGGCCACAAUCUUCCCGAGUUUGGAUGAGAUUAUCGAGAUGCACUAUGCUUUCUGUGAGACUCUGAAGAAGCUACGCCAAGAAGAUGAAUAUGUGGUUAAAAAUAUCAGCACUCCGCUGCUCAACAGAUUCAAUGGCUCAGAGGGUGAAUGGUUCCAGAAGCUCACAGCUCGUUUCUGUAGUCGUCAGUCAUGGACUCUGGUUCAGAUCAAGAGCAGACAGAAGAAAGAUAGCCGCUUCAAUACCUUCAUCCAGGAGGCUGAGAGUAAGCCACAGUGCAGAAGAUUACAGCUGAAGGACAUCAUCCCCAUUGAGAUGCAGAGACUAACAAAGUACCCACUGCUGUUGGAAAACAUUGCCAAGAGCACAGAAGAUAAUGCGGAGAAAGAAAAUAUCCAGCAGGCUGCUGACUGCUGUCGUAAGAUCCUAAACCAUGUCAAUGAGGAGGUGAAACACAUGGAGGAUCUUCUGACUUUGAAAGACUACCAGCGCAAGUUGGACACUUCAGGGCUGAAGCCCAGCAAUGAGCUCUACACGGAGUACAAGAACUUUGACCUGACAACAAAAUGUAUGAUUUACGAGGGGCCACUUACAUGGAGGGUUACUAAGGAAAAAGCUCUCGAUGUUCAGGGUGUGUUGCUGGGAGACCUGUUGGUCCUUCUGCAGAAACAAGAUGAUAAGAUGCUCUUGAAAUGCCAAAGUAAGAGUAACAUUGCUGCACAGGAGGGCAAGCAAAUGCUCAGCCCCAUCAUAAAGCUGGAUUCCGCUUUCCUCCGAGAGGUGGCCACAGAUCGUAAGGCAUUCUACGUAAUCUUCACUUGGGAAAGUGGAGCACAGAUCUAUGAACUUGUGGCCCAGUCGGUUGCUGAACGGAAAAUAUGGACAGAUUCGAUAAAGUCAUCAGUAGGGGAGUUGAAAAAGAGUGGCGGUCAUACGCUGGAAAGGAAGUCUAGCAGCGUGUCGAGUAACAGCUCCACACUCUCAUACGGCAGCUCACUGAACCCCCCUCUCAGCCCUACUGACAAUGGACCAGACGUAUUGAAAAGCUCUGCUGGUCAAGAUAAGGACAGUCUUGCGGAUGAAAAGUUCAGACACACUCAGUCGUCACUGAUUGACUACUUGGCUGCCAGUGGAUUUGACCCUCUGGGUUACAGCAAUGCCCCUCCAGAGCGCUCGGGCACUGUGGCUUUGGAUGAAGUAUCGUCUUUGAAGACACUGUUAGUCGGAAGUACCGGUCUGUCCAAGAAUUCCCAGCCUGACAGGGAGAGUGGAGCAGAGCUGGAGAAGCAGGAGAACGACGCAAGUCAAGCACAAGUGGAAGAGCACAGUAUGGAGUCACAAGAGGAUAAUCAGGAUGAAAAGGCAAAAGGAGACGAGCAGAAAGCAGUAACUGCUCCUCUAGUGCUUUCACAGGAGCAGAGGGAGGAGGUCAUCAGAAAACUGGAAAGUCUGGAAGAACAUCUGAAGAGACUACAGAAUAUGGAAGAGGAGCAUCAGAGGCUACAAGAAACCCUUGCCAAGUUCACUUGUCAAAGAGGCAACUAUAACUGAGGAUCAUUCCAACCUGCUGGUCACCAGAUUGGCUCUAGCCCCAACCCGAUGAUGUGAUGAGAGGCUGUGUGUGUGUGUGUGUGUGUUUUUAUUUUAUUGCCAAACUCCUGGCCCAAAAGGUGGUCAGGAUAAAAGAAAUGUACUCCUCUACAGUAUGUGUGUUGCCGUUUUUGAAAGAAGCACUCUUGCACGCACGUGAAACCAAGACGGCAGUCAAAAGUUGGAGAGAUGUGGUGAGGAAGGGGAUUGGUUUUUGUGGAUUAAUGCCAAAUGAAACUGGGUUGAUAUCUGCUGAUGUGUGUGUUUUAAGUCUGAUUACAGAGUGCGGAAUCCCUCACUCUAAGCCACAGGUGGUGUUUAUAUCAUAGUGCAGCAGUUACACAAUCAUCUUAGUUAUUGCCACAUGGUCACUGUGGGUAUAUUCUGUCUUUAGCAUGUCGAAGUGAGUGUGUGUGCGCGCGUAUGCGCAUGUGAUGAAGUCAAAUUCUUGAAAUUCUGCUCUUUAGAAGAACUUAGCUGUGUUUUUAAUGUCUAUGCGUUAUUGUCCGAACAGAUACAGAGUAGUGAUUUGUCUUGAAAUAAUUUAUAAAGGGCAGCCUCGCUCGCCUUUACAAGGACUGGUUUCAGACCAAAGAGGACCCAAGAAGCACGUUUAUAGCAGAUAGAAUUAUUCUAAGAAUUUUUUAGCUUUUACGUCGAUAAGCAUAUGCAAGAUUAGCACAGAGGACAAAACUAAACUGCACUUGCGUCCCUUUUCUACGUUCUAUGCACAUGUACAAAUCCCGUAAAUAGAUUAUAUAAGGAAGAAAGCAAAGCAAAGAAAAUGUCGCUUUAUUGAAAGCACCCUUAUAAUGAUUAGAUUUUCUUUGCUAAAGGUAAACAUUUUUUUUUUAAUUCUUAAAUCAUGUAUAUAAAUGCCUUCUGACCAAUCAAGAUUCAACAGCGACGUUGUAUGAAUGCAAAUCUAAUUAACUGUAAUGUUGCUUUUAGUCUGAUCUGUAGAAGGAGUCACGCUUCAGACUGUGCAGUUAUACAAAAAUAAUCUAAUCUGAAGUGAAUUAUUUUUGUAGCGCGGUCUGAAAUGAUGUUCGGUUUUUACCACAGAGCAAUUUGCAAGUACAGUUUUGUUUUUGCUUUUUAAAGUUAUUAAUGAACAUCACUUUUUUUUAGCUUUAAUGUUGUGAGAAAAGUUUUGUUCUGGUUAUUGAUUGUUCUAGCGGUUCUAAACAGCCAUUCCCUCACUAGCUUUUUCUUUUCCCCUCUCUCUUGUAUUUUAAAGUUAGACAAACUAAAACAAGUCGUCAUGCCGCGUAAACACCAGAAAGAGUAAACGCCGCUGUUAAAGAGACGACUCCUAACAACAAAAAGUUUUUUAAAUGUAUUAGUAGGAUUAGAUUAUGUGGAGCAUCCCUGUGCAUGUUCCCGUUACUAUAGAAACAAUAGCGUAUUAAAACGAGGACAUUCAUACAAAGCGGUCAUUUAUGUUCCAGACAGAACUAUUGUCAGAGCCGUGCUGAUAACAGUAUACGGUAUGCUGUACAGUAGAACGUUAAUCAGCGCCUUCUGACCGAGCAGUCGAUUGAGAAUUUUUAAUAGCGCUGGUGGAUAAAUAUAAAUAAAAUGGCUAAUUGCUAUAAGGUUAAGUGUCAUAGUGCUAUUUUCGGCUGUGUAUAUAAUAGCUUGUAAGUGUUGACAGAAACACCGAGUAUGUGGACAGGAAGGAGAACAUGCCCGUCAGAGUGUGUCAGAAAUGUUCAACGUCGACAGUGGCCAUUUUCACUUGUGUAUGCGUUUUUGUCGCUGUUGCUCGUGCUUUUGCACAAUUCAGUUAUUAAUUACGCAGUUACCAAAUACCAUAGGAAAAAAAUAUAACGGUAGAUAGUGCCUAUCAUUAUUCUAUAGCAUUUGCACCAGGACCUCACAGAGAAGUACUGAAUUAUACAAGGUUCGAGGGAUGAAAAAUGGACUUGUGGCCAUAUACAUGACUGUGUAUCCUCAGAAAAAGAGAGAUUUAAUUAACCUUGCUUUCACUCUCACACCAUAGUAUACUUCUAAGACUUUUUUUAAAUGUACAAAAUGUGCUAUUUAUAAUGCAGGGUGGAUUAUGCAAAGGAGUCAAGCUUUUUAUUUCUUUGUUCUGGCUCAGUGGCUGUGUAGAGAACCAGUGGCACUCUUCCUCUUUCUCACAUCAGUAAACGAAAGGCAAAUCUGCUCAAGUUUCAGUUCCACAUCGAAAGGGUCUGGUGGCAGUUUCUUACUGUCUCUCAUCAUGCACUGUUUUUAAAGGCAACUCCUGCCUCCUUAUGUUUUUUCCUUUUCUAUGCUGAACCAAAUAUUCUUUUACCUACAGAGUUGUAAAAUGUAAUUUCACAACCAUUUUAGCAUAGGAAACUUUUUUUUUUUGGGCCUCUGUCUGUCCUCAGUGUAGUACUUUGUAUAUUUUAGGGGUAUCGUCAAUCUCUUAGAGAAACCCCUGAUUAAAGCAAGAACUAUUCUGUGUAUUUGUGCUUUGAUUUUUAUCCUGUAAGAUACUUUGAAAGCAUUGCGAGGUACAUUUUAUUGCUACUGUAAUUUUCCUGUUUUUUAAUAAAUGAUUUCAACCGUUGCUAAAA